CUGUGGACCUUGUGCAUUUUCAUUCCCAUGAAACAAAACCUUGUGAAGAACAGAAACUUAUACGAGGAGGAGCCCGUGUUGACUGACCUUGUUUUGGAGAUAACAUUGUUUUCUCCAUUAUAAAUACAUCCAUGAGCUCGUACAAAGUGCAGAUCGCCACUGCUGGAGAGAAAACAACAUCUACCAACAUCUACCACUGCUGCCCAUCAUGAUGGAUUCCCCACUGAAAAGCAACCUUGAGAGGCUGGAGUGCCACUUCACAUGGGAUCUGGGGCAACAUCGAAAUGAGCUUCUGGGGAUGAAGAGGAACAUGGAGGAUGUGGACCAGGAAACGUGCACUUGGCCGGUUCACUAUUACAACCUGCUGGGCUACAUCCAUCAGGCUCUUGGCUCCAACACAGAGGCGCUGAUGAACCUGGACAGAGCAGAAAGUGUGAUCCAGGAGCAGGGAACAGAAGAGCCUGAAGUCCGGCUGCAGGUCAACAAAGCUAACCUGGCUUGGGUCUACUUCCAUUUGGGAGAGAUGGAGAAGAGCAAAGAAUAUCUAGAAGAGGUGGAGAGGCUUCAGGGAAUGCAUCCUGCUCCACCUGGAUGCACUUUACACCCUGAAGUCAGUGGAGAAAAGGGCUGGACGCUGAUGAAGUUUAACAAGUCCAAGAAGCGCCAGGCGAUCGAUUACUUUAAAAUGGCUUUAAAAGCACAAGCAGAUAGGAAGGAAUGGCACAAAGGUCUUGCUGUAGCCAUGAGCAGGGCGUAUAUAAAGUCUGAACGCACUCCAGAGCUGGAGGCUGAUAUUCUAGAGGUGGUGAAAACGGCAUCAGAGAUAAACCCAAAUGAUUUGUUCCUUCAAUCCCUCUAUAUACUAAAAAAGUCUGAGGUGCAGGCCGAAAACAAUGAUGAGGAGGUACAAAGAUUUCUAGAGAGAACCCUUAGUACAGGGAACUUGGAUGGUUUGGGUUAUAUUCUUGAAUACUUUAAAAUAAUUUCCAUUGAGAGAGCUAUUCAAGAGGGACAAAGGGUUCGGGAAAAGUUCCCCUCUUCCACUAAAGUUUUGAAAAUCCUGGCAGAUGUAUACAAAGGUAAAGUGUUCUCCAUGAAGGAAGACAGUCGGGAAAGGCAGGCUUGGGCUCAGAAAUGCAUUAAGCUCUUUGAGGAGGUUGUCAGAGAUUACCCAGAUUGUGUCAGAGGAAGGAUUUCCCUUGCAACACUGCACCGUUACGCACACAACAUUGAGAGAGCCGAUGCGAUGUACCAGCAGCUCCUAUCAGAGGAAGAUGAUCUCCCUCCUCAUUCCCAACAGUUACUGUACUAUAGUUACGCAUACCAUCUAUUUCAGCAUAAACAGUCCAUAGACCAAUCAAUCUGCUUUCACAUGAAAGCAGCAGCAAUCCAAAACACUUCACAAGACAAACAGAAGAGCAUAAUGAUUCUUAAAACAAUUGUGAAGAAGGGCAGAAACCCUCGAUGUAGACAAAUUUCAGAAUUUCUAAAAAAAUGUUCUCAAAGAUGAGUAAAUAUUCUUUUUAUUUCACUUAAUUUACGCAACAUGAAUAAAUAAUAUCUAGGAAAAAAAUCACUCAACCUACUAGAUACAAUGUCUCAAUAGGUGUUAUGCAUUAAGUGCAAAAGUGCAGUCACAUUUAUCAUUGUUUCGUGAAUUUUCAGGGGUGAAAACCAGUCGUUUCAAUAAGAAUCCACAUGAUCAAAAGAAUUUGCAAUGGGGUCAAGUUGGUCAUUGAUUCACUGCAUUGACCAAGAGAAAGCUGCUUGGUUAAAAAGCGCCUUCUGUGAACUGCUUAAUACAUCUUUACAAUAAUGAAAAUUGACCAUGAAAUUUCACUAACAUUUUGCUAACAUGACCACAUGCAGCUUAAAUAAAGGUGGAGAUUUAUUUGUAUAUUGUACAUGCAUCAUAAAAUAUGAUUUCUUAAUUUUUUUUAUAUUCUCUUUUUUGCUUGAUAUAUUGUCAAUCCCUGUACGGUCUUGUGUUUUGAGGACUUUUAUGUUGUAUUCUUAGUUCUCAUUGUUUCUGUGUUCACUUCCUGUGUUUGGUUCUUGUUUUGCCCUGUACCUUAUACCUUAUGUGUGUCACCAUAGUUACCUUCAUUAGUUACCAUGACAUCAAAUCACCAACACCAAGACUUUGGAUUGUCUGCCUUUAUGUUUUAUUAAAUGUUUGUGCUUGCAUUUGGA